AAAUUACAGUCAGACAACCUUUGGCAUUUUGACAUUUAGCACAAAGAUGAUAAAUUUUUGAAUGACAAACAUCGUACAGGAGCAUUAAUGCUUUCAGAAGUAACUGGACAAUCAAUAUUCAGUUUCACUUGAACCCAAUCACAAAUGGCUCUACAGCCCAAAUCCAGCGGUUUCAAAAGUGACUGUAGCAACAUAUACCGAAACUAAAGUAAGAAUCCCAAUAGAGUAGCCCUGCUAAAUUUAGAAAAGUAAAUAAUUUGAUUAAUAGCAGACAGACGCGGUUUGUAUUAGAGAAAAACAAAAAUACGAAAGCGAAAACAAAUCACCGAGGAGAUCUCCAUCCCAACACGGGCCGCGCUACCCGCGAGAACUCGCACGACAUGAAGAUUAAUUGCAACGAAUCCCAGUUCAAAAAUGAGCGCGAUUAAGUGCAAUAAAUGAAAUGACACGAGCAACAAAUAACAACAUAAAGAAAGUAGUAGAAAUGGAAACAAUGGAGAAGGAACUAAAGAAAUACAUGAAAUAUAAAACCAGCAAAGUCACAUUGCAUGACAACCCACCAAAGCGACGAGUCCAUUUGGAUUAAGUGAGAUGUGAGCAGACUUCAGAUGUACAGACCUAAAUAUAUAUAUUUACGCGCGUGUAAUGUGCAAAUGUUACAAUUAUGAUUAAUGACAAACAGAUUAGGAGCGUCGAAGUCGAGCGAUGAAACGUAAAUUAAACGAAAUAAAAGUGAGGAAAACAGAAAUACAAGAAAUCAACAAUCAGCCACUUGAGGCUUAGUAUGAGACGAUGAAUCAGCAUUAAGUCAUAGAAGCCACAAAGUCAAGUUGCACACGAAAAAAUUAUACAAAUCCCAGCGGCAAGCGGAAGAUAAAUGAAUUGAGGCAAUUUACAAAGCAAAUAUAACUAACAGCAAGUGAAAGCUGGUGCUUUGAGCGCUGCAGAGCUUUCGGCGGGCUUUAGGCUGGUGAAAGCUUGCGUCAGUAAAACUCAUAAACUUUUGCUUCGUGCUUCUAGAGUCAGAAGCUUUUAUUUUCGCUAAACUACUAGUGAGAUUUUUAAGCUUAAAAACUUCAGAGUUUUCGUUAACUGAUAUUAUAUCAAUUUCUUUUUAACUAGUUACUUUCGAUUUAAGUUAGUUUAGUUAAAUCUUCUCAUUUGUUCCAGGUAUAUCUUUUGUUUAGCAUUAAAAAAGCGAAAGCUGUGUUAAAAGCUCUCACUUAAUAAUAUACAUAUAUUUAAAUAUAUAUAUACUUUUCAACUUCCAAAAACAUUCUAAAAACUGAAACAAGUCACUAAUCUUACUAACCUUAGAAGGGUAAAAUCAUCUACCGAACCCAAAAACGCUUCUAUAGCAUUGGUCGCAACUACUAACGUCCGCGCAUUUACGCUUUCAUCACCUCCACCUACUUAAGUACCUACACAAACGUCUCGCACAUUUUAUAUGGCUUCUUAUAACCAAACAAGUUUUUGCAGCAUAGAAAAACAACAGCAACACUAUUUCGAAAUAACUACAAAACAGAAAAAAUACUCUAGACACACGCUGCCAGAGCGUUUUGCUCUUGGCCAACUUCAGCCCACCAACCACAGCAGUACUACGACUGCCCGCAGCAGCAAUUAUAACUAUAUCGGCAGCAAACUGUUAUUACAUGUGCAACCUGGCCGCCAAGCGCUGCGCCAUACACUGCGAGCUCUUCUCUUUCUAUUGCUCACACUACUCCUCAGUAAUUGGAUAGCGCAGGCUUCAGCCGCCGCUGUUGUUACUUCUUCGCAGGCGCGCCGUCACGUAGCACCUACACAAAGCACACCUAAACCAGUCGUUGCACAGAACGUGGACGGCGUCGGUAUUGCUUACAAUGCACCAGAUGAGACACCGCCACCACCGCCGCCACUGAGUAACAACGCUGCCAGUGAUUUUAACUCGAGCUCAUUUAUCUCGACCAUUAUUUCCACUUCCGAUGUCAUCAGUCUCAAAGAGACGAGUGCCAAUGGCAGUGGUGAUGGUGCAGCGACGGCUGUCAAGUCCAACAACCAAAACCACAGUAUUACAAGCACAAGCAAUGUGGGCUCUGCAAGCGCAGCGCUCAUCACCACAAGCAGUAUUUGGGAUCCCAUGGUGGGCGGCGCACAACCCACCGACAUUAGCGCCGUCGCAACACCAUCGCCGGAGCAGGGAUCGAGCGAAGACGAUGAGACCGAUGAUGUGAUUGAACUGCCACCAUGGCAAGCGAUAAUUGUCUGCAUUAUUUUGGUGUUCAUCAUCGUCGGUACAGUUGUAGGCAAUGUGCUCGUCUGCAUAGCGGUGUGUAUGGUGCGUAAGUUGCGACGUCCCUGCAACUAUUUACUAGUGUCGUUAGCACUCUCCGAUCUCUGUGUUGCGCUGUUGGUCAUGCCUAUGGCUAUGCUUUAUGAGGUGUUGGACAAAUGGAAUUUCGGCCCAAUACUAUGUGACAUUUGGGUGUCGUUUGAUGUGCUUUGCUGCACGGCCUCCAUACUGAAUUUGUGCGCCAUUUCCGUGGAUCGAUAUUUGGCCAUCACAAAGCCACUGGAGUAUGGCGUUAAGCGUACGCCGCGUCGCAUGAUGGCUUGCGUGGCGCUGGUAUGGCUGGUGGCGGCGAGCAUCUCCCUGCCGCCAUUACUAAUACUGGGCAAUGAGCAUAUGGACGAGCAUGGCACACCCAUAUGCAUUGUGUGUCAGAAUUUCGCAUAUCAAAUUUAUGCAACACUUGGUUCCUUCUAUAUCCCCCUAUCGGUAAUGCUGUUCGUCUAUUAUCAAAUAUUUCGCGCCGCGCGUCGUAUAGUGUUAGAGGAGAAACGCGCACAAACGCAUUUACAGCACGCACUCAACGGCACCGGCUCACCGCCGGGAAAUACCGAUUUGACUGUAUUGGGUGGCAGCGGAAGUGGCAAUGGCCAACGGCACAGUAGCUAUGGCAACACCUCGCUCUCCUAUUCCACCUGCGGCGGCGGCUUGAGCGCACAUCAUCACGCGAGCGGUGGGAGUGGUGGUGGGGUGAGUGGCUCCAGUGGUUUGCUCGGUUCGCCGCAUCAGAAAAAAUUGCGCUUCCAGUUGGCCAAAGAGAAGAAAGCUUCCACAACGUUGGGCAUCAUUAUGUCAGCGUUCACAAUAUGUUGGCUGCCAUUUUUUAUACUCGCUCUCAUACGACCGUUUGUGGAAACUGAGAGCGUACAUGUGCCGCCUUCGCUCGCAUCGCUCUUCCUUUGGUUGGGCUAUGCCAAUUCGCUGCUGAACCCCAUCAUUUACGCGACGCUGAAUAGGGAUUUCCGGAAACCCUUCCAGGAGAUACUCUAUUUCCGUUGCUCUAGUCUCAAUACAAUGAUGCGUGAAAAUUAUUAUCAGGAUCAGUAUGGUGAGCCGCCGUCGCAGCGUGUUAUGUUGGGCGAUGAGCGUCAUGGGGCGAGGGAAAGUUUCCUUUGAAAUUAGGCCGUCUAAGGGUGGUCAGCUGGGAAUAUUGUUGACGGAUGAAAAGAAUACGAAAGGCGAAAGCGGUUAGCUACUAAGAAGCUUAUGUGUAUGUAUGAGUAAGUAUGUUUUUGUAGAUGUAUUUGUAUUCUUCGUGUUUCAAAGCGUUUAAAAGCAAUUUCAAGCGUUUCAAAGUGACAACUCAAAUGUAUUGUACUAAAUUAACAAAAAAAAAAAAAAA